CCCCCGCCCUGCUACAGGCUGAAGGGGGCGCCCACGGCCAAGUGCCUUUGCUUGAGAUCCCGACGGCCAGGUAUACAGAAUAUCCAGAUAGUGGCUACACUUCUACCCCUGGUUUGGCUGCCAUGCAUCAUGGGCGAGCUAUUGGUAAAGGGCCCUCUACUGCCACACAGACUAACCAGCAACCUCCUCGACUUCUCAUUGUGCACAUUGCUUUACCAGACUGGGCUGACAUCUGCUCCAACCUCUGUGAGGCUCUGCAAAACUUUUUUUCUUUAGCCUGCAGCUUGAUGGGCCCCAGUCGCAUGUCUCUCUUUAGUUUAUACAUGGUACAAAAUCAACAUGAGUGCAUCCUUCCUUUUGUGCAAGUAAAAGGGAACUUUGUUAGGUUGAAGGCUUGCAUCUCAGAGCUUCGCAUGAUAGAGACAGAAGGUUGUUUCCGACCACAAAGCACUUCUCUACAGCUGGCAAUACAGGAUGGACUCCAGCAAUUCAAACAAUACAGCAGAUAUGUGACCACAGGUGCUGCUCUGCCCUACACUUCCCUGGAGAUUACUGUCCUGACUUCCCACCCUGGAAAAGAAGUGGUCAAACAACUGGAGGAAGGGUUGAAAGAUAUAGAUCUGGUCAGGGUCAGAAGGCUUCAAGUUGUUGAAAUCACAAAGAGAAUCCUGGAGCUCAUGGACUCAGCAUCUCCUGUUGAAGAGCCCAGCAAUGAUGAGAGUUCUAUCCUGGGAACUGACAUUGAACUUCAGAUUAUAGACAACGAUGUUAUCAGCAUGGAAUUUUUCUUCAAAGCCUGGCUGCAUAACAGUGGAACAGACCAAGAACACAUCCAUCUCCUUCUUCCUUCACAGUGUUUCAGCAACAUUUCCAGUGCCAGGGAUAAUCCAAUGUGCCUGAAAUGUGAUCUCCAAGAGCGACUUCUCAGCCCAUCCCUGCUCCCUGGUACAGCUGACGGUGCCUCCAGAAUGGAUGACCCCAAAGGAGACCUCAGCACGCUCUACCAGAUGGCUUCCCAGUCCUCAGCCUCUUGUUACAAACUCCAAGUAAUCAAUUCCACAGAUCCCAUGCACAGAUUCCUGAGCUUUGAGAAUCUUCUGUGUGCAAGAUGUCACGCUAGGGCUCUAAAAUCUAGCGGACUCUGCGAGUCAUUGACAUAUGGACUCCCCUUCAUCCUCAGACCCACAAGCUGUUGGCAGCUGGACUGGGAUGAGCUGGAGACAAAUCAGCAGCAUUUUCAUGCUUUGUGUCACAGCCUUCUGAAAAGAGAAUGGAUGCUAUUGGCCAAAGGGGAACCCCUGAGCUUAGGACACAGCCAAAGAGUUCCUGCCAGCACCUUCUAUGUGAUAAUGCCAUCGAACUCGCCCACAUUGCUGGUGAAGGCUGUGGCCACACGGGAACUCAUGCUGCCCAGCCCCUUCCCCCUGCUGCCUGAGGACCCUCCUGAAGACAGCCAUAAGACUGUGGAGAGCAUACUGGAUGGCCUGGAGCUGGAGCCCACCUAUAACCCACUACAGGUUUGGAGCCAUCUGUACUCACACCUGAGCAGCACUUUUGCCAAGCCUCAGGGGCGGCUUUACCCAAACUGGGAGAACAGGACUCCAAGAAAGGCUGGGCAGUUGCAGACCAACAGAGUUCGUGCCACAGUGCUCCCCCUGCCAAUGACUCCAGCCCUGAGUACAGCCCCCAAGUUGCCAGCAGCCAGCAAAGCUUCCUCAGAAGCCUUCUUCCGGCCUUCUGAGUGGAGGAAAAGUAUCCCUCAUGGCCCUGAGUUACUAGCACCAGAGUGUAGCCACCCUACUCAGCCACCACGUCCAUGCCAAGACCCGCACAAUGGCUAUCUGUAGUCACACCUGCCCUCUAUCCACCUGAGCCUCCGUGAGCUCAGGCGAAGAAAGAGCCUUUCCUUUCUCUGUCCUCUAUGCUGCCACUGCCCCACUCAGGCUGAGAAGCAACACACCCAAGCCUAUCCCUUCUCCAGCAGGGACCCUUGUUUUCUUUUCAAUCAUUUGAUACUAUUGUCACAGAUGAAGAUUAAAUGCCUAGUAAACCUUCA